AUGGCUACAGACGAACUCAAGUCCAUUCUCCAAACCGUCAUAGAUGACUUCCGAGGAUGGCCCCUCGCACCAAUAAUGCACUUUCCCAACGAAGCAGACCUCGAAUUUGAAGACAUCUACUUUCCUUCCGACGAUGGCGUCCCUCUAGAAGGCUGGUUCAUCCCUUGCAAAGGCUCAAACAAGAUCAUCAUCGCCAACCACCCUCACUGGUUCAACCGCGCAGGAAUACCAUCACACCUAGAACCUUGGAACAAUCUCAUGCCCGGAAACGACUUUGAAGUCAACUUCAUCCCAGACUACAAGAUCUUACACGACGCGGGGUACAAUGUCCUGGCGUAUGAUCUUAGGAAUCACGGUUUGAGCGGGCAGGGGAACCAGGGACUGUUUGGCUUUUUCGAGUGGCGCGAUGUCCUAGGUUCGCUCAAGUACGUGCGAGGACGCGAAGAUACGAAAGACAUGACUAUUGGACUCUUUAGUCGUUGUGCAGGCGUAAAUGCCACGUUUUCCGCGAUGAGACAUCGUCCUGAAGCCUUCAAGGGUGUACGCUGCAUGGUUGCUCCACAGCCUAUAUCCGCAGGGUCUUCGAUCGGAAAGCUCAUCAAGACGAUGGGUGCGCCAGAGUCUUUUAUGGAGGAGGCUGAUCGGAUGUUCUUUAUGAAGACAAGUUUCCAUAUCAACCAACUGAAUCCUCCGAUGGACGCGAAGCACACCAGGGUGCCGACCUUUUUGUAUCAGGUGCGCGACGAUCCUUGCACAACGCCUGCGGACGUGCAGUCUAUCUACGACAAUAUUCCCAUCGAAGAGAAGAAGUUGAAGUGGAUUGAGGGGACGGAGAAGCGAUGGGAUGGAUACACUUACUUCCAGAGGGAGCCGGAUCAAUUUCUGGAGUGGUUUGCAAAGUAUAUGAACUAG